UUGUCUGUCUUCUCUCUUCUUCAGCUCUCUCUCUCUCUCUCUGAAUUUCUCCCGCAGCUCUUGCCGUCUGUCGUCCUCGCUGAGUGCUUCUCUGUUCCUUCCACCGAAACCCCAUGAAGCUCAUCGAUUUCUUGGGCCCCGGAUCGCCGACCAUCGGCGACGGCCCGAGAUGCGAUGUCCACUCGCCGCCGCCGCCGUCGUCGUCGUCGUGCGUUUCUUAUCUGCACGGUCAGGAGAAGAAGAAACCCAUCGGCGACCGCCCGAGAGUCGAUGUGCACUCGCCGCCGUCGACGGAUUCUUGGUCGUUCGUUCCUCGUCAUCUGCACGAUCAGGAGAAGAAACCCAUUGGCGACGGCCGGAGAGGCGAGGUCCGCUCGCCGCCGUUGACGGACUCUCGGUCGUGCGUUUCUUAUCUGCACGAUCAGGAGGAGAAUCGCGACGAAGGGUCCGGAGAAAUUUCGUCCGCAAAAGCGGUGGUCGUGGCUCGCGAAUUCUUCCCCCUCACGCCUGAUCGGAAGGCUUGCGACCCUCGUCAAGAAAUCGCUCCCGCCCAACCGAAGCGAAAAUUUACGGCCUCCCUCGCCGGCGAUGAGACCUUAAUUGUGGAGAAGAAGGCGAGGUACAAUACAAAGCAGAAGGACAAGAAAGAGGCCUCGCAAUGUGAAGAAGAGGAAGAUAGACGCAACGGCGUUUCCACAGAGUUGGUGCUGCUCUUCGACCCUUAUAAGAUCAAGAAGAAGCUUACAAAGAGCGAUCUUGGCCACCUGUCGAGGCUCUUGAUUCCGAGGGCUUGCGUGACGACCCACGUGCUCUGGUGCAUGAGCGAGGAGACAGUGACUCGAGUCAUGAGCGGCGAGGGUGCUGAAGUCGUAGUAUGGGAUGCGGACGUGCGAUCCGAGCACCGACUGGUGUUUGCUUUCUGGGCGUCGUCAGGGGCCUACGUCCUGAAGGGGUGUUGGAUCAAGGAGUUCGUGCAGCGGAGGGGUUUGGCGGCUGGCGAUGAGAUUGGGAUUUAUUGGGAUCCUACUGCUAACAGGCUCAGUCGCUGAAGACAUGUUUCACUGGCAAGCAACGUGUCUUUCUUGUUCCAAUUCACUUCCCAUUUCCCACCAGCCUAUCCAUUUAAACCACCAAAGGUAUUGAAGGAUGA